ACUUGAAAGAGGAAAAAAAGGUCACACUAUGACCCCUAUAAAAUGUUCUUAUAUAAAGCUCCCACUCUACUACUACAUCAAUCCACUCAAACAACUAAUCUUUCAACCCCACAACCCCCGCACACAAAAAAGAAGAAAAACAUGAAUAAACCUCCCAUCUUUCUCAUUUUGCUAGUUGUAAUAACUUCUCAGCAUGCUCAUUCCCAAACUCCCCAACUCUUGAGAUUUGUGCUUCAAUGGCCACCAAUUUUCUGUACGCAAUUGAAUCAUGCACCACAACCAGGCAGGUGCACAGAACCAAUUCUUCAGCAUGAUUUGACACUCCAUGGCCUUUGGCCAGCAGAUUCAAAUGGAUUUCUGAUUUUUCCUGUACAACCAGACCCAAAUUGGCGUCAAGUUUUUACAAAGACUAGAGAAAACGAUCUUUUGAAAUUUUGGCCGUCACUUAGAGAGAAACAACAACCCGGGGUCGACUGGUCUCUAUGGAUUCAUGAGUGGCGUGUGCAUAGAGUGUGUGGAGGAGCAGCAACAACAGCAGCAGCAAUAGUAUACUUUGAUACAGCAAUUAAGAUCAAUGCAAUGAUAAGAAAGGGAAACUUGUUCAAUUACUUGAAAACAAAUGGGAUUAUUGCAUGUGAUAGCUUGGCUUUUACUAGAAAAGAAAUAUUCGACGCGAUCCAAAAGGUGUUUAUUCUUUCUCCUCCACCUCCACCUCCUCACGCUCCUCCCCCUCCUCGCGCUCCUCCACCUCCUCCUCGCGCUCCUCCACCUCCUCCUCCACCUCCACCGAACCUUAAUGUUUACCUCUCAUGUUAUGAAUUUGAUUCAAAAAACAAAACUCAUGUUUACUUGAAUGAGGUUUCAUUGUGCACUGAUUUGGCUGGCACUAACUUCAUCGCAUGCCCUCAACAACGUCCUGCUGGAGUAACCACAUGUUCUAGCGGAGCUAGGAUUAUGCUACCUCAUCCGAAACCUCAACCGAUAUUGCCGGAAGUAACAGAUGGGAUAUAUCCUGUGUUUGAAUGAUCAUGUGUUAAAUAAUCAUUCUACAGCUAAGAUUAAUCUUUGGCUUAGAAUAAAUAAAUAAA